AUGAGGUCUAUUAAGUGUGUGAUCGUAGGCGAUGGUGCGGUCGGUAAGACAUCGUUAUUAAUUUCGUACACUACGAAUACUUUCCCACAGGAUUAUAUCCCAACUGUUUUUGAUAACUAUUCGACUACCAUUGCUCUUCCGGAUCCAUAUAAUCCGGAUUCUGAGCCUCAGAUUUUCAAGUUAAACCUGUGGGAUACCGCUGGUCAAGAAGAAUAUGACAGACUGAGACCUUUAUCGUACCCUCAAACUGACAUAUUCCUAAUAUGUUUCUCGGUAAAUGAACCUAACAGUUUUGAGAACGUUUACGAUAAAUGGUUCCCUGAGAUUAAACACAGUACAAAUUUCGAGAACUUGGAUCUUUAUCAUCAAAGCGGGAAAUUGCCAAUCUUAUUGGUUGGUACCAAGGCCGAUUUGAGAGAUGAUGACCAUGAACGUGACCGUUUACAAGAGUCUAACUCCGACUUUGUUUCCCAACAACAAAUUCAGGAAUUGGUUAACAAAUUGGGGUUAAUGGGUUACGUUGAAUGUUCUGCUGCCACUCAGGUAGGUGUCCGUGAAGUUUUCGAGAAGGCUGUCGACUGCGUUGUAUUUGAACCGGACAGAUUAGUCAGAGAAUCUCUACAACAAAAGCAACAGGCACAAGAUUCUCAACAAAAACCAAAAACAAAACAAGUUAACAAGAAAAACACCACUGCUCAACCUGAAAGCAGUACAAAACCUCAAAAGUCAAAGAGAUCAAUCAAGCGUAAAUGUACUAUUUUAUAG